AUGGAGGAUAAAACGCUGGUUAGCAAGGCCCAAGAAAAUGUGUCUGCGUGCAUGCAUGCUUGUGUGUCUGCCUUCCUGCGUGCUUGUAUUGGUAAAUAUCGCAAUAAUUCCAAUAUUAAUAUUUUCCAAAUUGUCAAUAGGGGCCAGUCACUGACUAAGUGGCACAUUACUUAAUGUCAUUGCGCAACCUUUGGCUGCUUCAUAGUUGAUGCUCUGCAGGUAGAGCUGUCUGUAGCUGAAACCCUUUUAUAUCCAAUUAAACUGUCUCCACGAUUGGAACAUUCCAGGCCAGCGCCAAUUAGAGACUUUCUAAUCAACAUCUUGACACCUUAGGUCCAGAGUGUCAUGGCAAUAUAUUAGCAUUUAGCAUGACAAUUAGGGGUCAGACUCACACGGCUGCUAAAAGGCUUCCACAACCACCACCCUAAUAUAUAUAUAUAUAUAUAUAUAUAUAUAUAUAUAUAUAUAUAUAUAUAUAGAGAGAGAGGAGAGAGAGAGAGAGAGAGAGAGAGCGAGAGAGAGAGAGAGAGAGAGAGAGAGCGAGAGAGAGAGGAGAGAUAGAGAGCGAGCAGAUGAGAGAGAGAUAGAGAGCGAGAGAGAAGCUCGGGAGGCGCGAGCUCCGAGGAGCGCUCUCUCUCUCUCUCGCGCUCGCUCCCUCUCGCGCCGCGCUCUCUCGCUCUCUCUCUCUCUCUCUCUGCUCUCUCUCUCUCGCCUCUCCUGCGCGCUCUCGGAGCGAGUAGCAGGCGAGAGCGAAGGAAAUUGUAUAAACUGGAUAUUUCCAUCAGUCCUCCAUACCCCUGCCUCUUUUCCCAUAUAUAUAUAUAGUGGUCCCACAGGUGAGUUUAAGAGACCCCUCUAAAUCGUCUCGCUCCGCUCUGAGAGGUCUGUACAUCACGGUGAAUGAAUCCUGUCAGUUUUAUUACCAGAGGAGCAGGGCACCACUGCAAAACACCAAAAUAACAGAGUCUACACAGACUCCCACCUCCCAAGUCUCAUUCCUGCCCUCCAGAAAUAGGUUUGCUUGAUCAGUUUGUUAUCCAACAGGCUCCCUCCCUCCCCAUCACUCCAGCCCCCUCCAGUUUGGCUCCCCUCACCCCGGUCUUGUGCUUAGACUGUUAAAGUGACACGCAGCUGCUCUCUCCUAUGUGCUCUCAUUCUAAAUCUCUCUCACUUCCACUCUCUCUCCACUCUCACGUCUCUCUCCUCUAUUUUCUCUUUACCCGAUUCCCUCUUUCCCCUGUACUUGCUUCUACUUCUCUUCCUCCUGUUCUCCACGGCCUCUCUGCCUCCACCUCCCGCUCUCCUCUUUGUGUGUCUUUAGCUCCCUCUCUCCAUCUCUCUCUCUCUCUCUCUCUCUCUCUCUCUCUCUCCCGCCCCUAUUUAAUGGUGCCCCUAAUGAAAAGUGGAGGCGGUGUAUCCUUCCUGUCGUCCCACGGGCCCUCGCUCUCCCCAGCAGCAGCUCAAGUCGGCACGGCAUUUGGCCAACAGACAGAAAUGUACUCCCUUGUCGAUAUCAAUCUCCACUGCAGUUGACAAUAUUCCUGAUUUGCCUUUCUCUAUUUCACAUUCCCACUGCACCCCCCUCCUCACCUCUUAAAGGAAACAAGGUUUCAUUUUGAUAGUUACUACGAGACCAAAUUGAGACUCACUGCUCUGGUUCUCUCUGACUGCUCCUCCUGUUUCUGUCGGCCUCCUGGCUUAACAAUAUAAUGGUAAUGAAAUCUUUGAAAUUAUGAUUCAUAUUGACUUUUUUGCCACUACAUAGUCAUUUGAUUUGAGCUUGUGGACUCAAAAACAGAACCAUCUUUCAUCUGUAAUUGGUAGCCUAUGCUCUAUUCAUUUACACAAAUUACUCUUUGCUGUUUGACCAUGCAAUUACUUUAGAGUUGAAGGUAACAUCAUAAAUAACACUGUAUAAUCAUGUAUUCUCUUUUUCAUAUAUUGGUUUCACCAACAUUGUUUUAAAAUGUUAUACCAUGAAGCUUCAUUGUUGGUCAGAAUUGCUGUUGGGCCACUAGGUUAUAUAGGAAGUACAAUGCAACCAUACAUUAAUCAUAAACAUGACACAUUAAAUGUCAGCGACGGCAUAUAUUUUCUGCUGUCUGAGCCUUGGUGAAGUAAUGUCCCCUAUGGAUCCAUGCCAGAAGAGUCAUAAAUAACCAGGCCUCCUUAUCACUAGCAAAUAUAAUUAGCUGAAUGACAUGUUUAAAGGGUCAUUGGAGGGAGGAGAUGUAAACACCAGCACUGUCACAGCCCUUCUUAUGACUCUUUAACAUAUGGGCUAUUCAAUUAGACAGAACGCUCAUGGCAUUUGCCCUUGAAUUCAAGAGUGUGCAGUGUCAUAGGUUAAAUAAAAGCUGGCCAAUUGCUCUGAAAGCUUGAAAAUUGGUUCUGUGAAAGUUCCCAGAGCACAUUUUGUUAGGUUGCGGCAAAUGUUCUCAUAACACAAAAACUGUCCAGUUGUGCUGAUGAUUAUACAAUGUUUGUAUAAAACAUUCACCUGAUGUUCCAAGUAAGUUCCCAGAAUGUUGUUCUCAUAUUUUGUUGUGGUAGUAUGUUCAAAAAACAUUACUUGGACAUUGUGUUAUUACAUUACCUGGAAACCGAAUGAGAACUUUGGGGGAAUGUUCUGUGGUGGUUGUUAGAUGUUAUGCACACAUUUUAGUGAAUGUUAGAACAUUCCAAGGAUAUAUAAUUUAAUAAAUUUUCUGAAGAAAAAAAACGUUCUUAUCAAAACAGUUACAGUUCAUAUAAGGAAAUCAGUAAAUUGAAAUAAAUAAAUUAGGCGCUAAACUAUGGAUUUCACAUGACUGGGUUAGAGCCGUGGAUCAGAAAACCAGUCAGUAUCUGGUGUGACCACUAUUUGCCUCAUGCAGCACGACACAUCUCCUUCACAUAGAGUUGAUCAGGCUGUUGAUUGUGGCCUGUGGAAAGUUGUUCCACUCCUCUUCAAUGGCUGUGCGAAGUUGCUGGAUAUUGACAGCAACUGGAACACACUGUCAUACAUGUUGAUCCAGAACAUCCCAAACAUGCUCAAUGGGUGACAUGUCUGGUGAGUACGGUAUCUCUGUGCAUUCAAAUUGCCAUCGAUAAAAUGCAAUCAUGUUCGUUGUCUGUAGCUUAUGCCUGCCCAUACUAUAACCCCACCGCCAUCAUGGGGCACUCUGUUCACAACGUUGACAUCAGCAAACUGCUCGCCCACACAACGCCAUACACGUGGUCUGCGGUUGUGAGGCCGGUUGGACAUACAGUCAGCAUGCCAAUUGCACGCUCCCUCAACUUGAGACAUCUGUGGCUUUGUGUUGUAUGACAAAACUGCACAUUUUAAAGUGGCCUUUUAUUGUCCCCAGAACAAGGUGCAUCUGUAUAAUGAUCAUGCUGUUUAAUCAGCUUCUUGAUAUGCCACACCUAUCAGGUGGAUGGAUUAUCUUGGCAAAGGAGAAAUGCUCACUAACAGGGAUGUGCACAAUAUUUGAGAGAAAUAAGCUUUUGUGCGUAUGGAACAUUUCUGGUAUCAUUUAUUUCAGCUCAUGAAACCAUGGGACCAACACUUUACAUGUUGCGUUUAUAUUUUUGUUCAGUAUAUAUCAAAUUGCCUCUGAAAUAAAUUGGCCGACACCAUUUUUCUGUUAGUUUUUUUGCCAUUGUCGGCCGAUACUGAUAUGGCAAUAUAUCGUCUGAUACCAUUAAACAAUAUACAAUCAGUUUAUUAGGUACACCCAUCUAGUACCGGGUCAGACCCCGCUUUGCCUCCAGAACAGCCUGAAUUCUUCAGGGCAUGGAAACGUUGCUCAAUUGGUAUCAAGGGAUCUAACGUGUGCCAGGAAAACAUUCCCCACAACAUUACACCACCGCCACCAGCCUGUACCGUUGACACCUGUACCGUUGAUACUGAUUAGACAAUAUAUCGUCCGAUACCUAAAUGACGAUAUAUCAUGACAUCCCUACUGACUAGCUUUGGUUCGUAGUUGUAUUGCUAACACAAUUCUACACAGAUUUCCCACCUGUGAAACAGGAAUGACCAAGUGCUACCAAGAGAAAAUGACAGAUGAAUAAUUGAAAGGAUGUCCAUCCAGGCAGGCAAAUACCAAACUGAAUACUAACCUUAACCCUAAACCACAACAACCCAUAAACUGCCUAUACAUCUACAGAAAAAUAUUCUCCUGGAAACGUUCUCCUCCUUGUCCGCCCCUCAAAACAACUCAGAGAAUGUCAGGGGAUUAAUGCCACUCAACCAUGUAAACAGAUGUUGGGACCGACUGCAAGUCAGCCUCUCUGCUCACAUACAAAAACCACACAACAGAUCCUCCUCAAGGGAGUCAUUCAUUCCUCUCAGAGAGAGGUAGUCUAUAGAAGAUCGCAAAAUAUCUUUAUAGAUGCAAUUCCUUUAUAUACUGAACAAAAAUAUAGAUGCAACAAUUUCAAAGAUUUUACUGAGUUACAGUUCAUAUAAGGAAAUCAGUCAAUUUGGGAGUGGGGGGGGGGGGGGGGGGGCUGGUGGAGGGGGUCCCGGGAGACCUGCCACAGCAGCGCGCCGUUAAUCAAUCCGAUUUAGAGCGGACAGUGACACGCUUAGCCGCCUCUCCCGCCAACACUGCCAUGGCGGGGGAAGAAACUGUGAGCGUGACCUGCAUCUCAUUCUGGGGAAAGAACGAAAAAAGAUGGAUAGAUGGGUCCAGAAUGAAGAGAUAGUGAGGGGGAGUGGACGGAGGAAGGAUGAUGGAGUAGAUGUUAGAUGGAGAGGGAGAGACACAACAAUUAAUGGAGUGAUGUGAGCUGAAUUAAAAACAAAAGGAAUGUAUCGAUUAAUUUAAGUCUUCAGGAAGAAGAGAAAAGGCCCAAGCAACAAGCUGUACAUGGAAACAGAUAGCCUGGCUAUAAGACUAUGGGAAACGAAUGAGUUAAAUGUUUGAUAUGUGCAAAAAUAACUCAUUAUUGCCAACAAGUUUGUGGAGAAAUGGUUAGUUUAGUCUCGCCUGAAAGGUUGAGAUGAUGGAACAUAUCCUCAGCCAGGCCUAAACCCUGGGAGAGAGACAAGGAUGGAGUGAGGGUAUCAGAUUUGCAAUCAUUAAUAUGGAUGCGCUAGUGUAUUUUCUUUUACCAGGAUUAAAUGGAUCCCAUGCUUGAGCAGUUGGCUAUUUAUCUGGUGAUGGUACUAUUCAUUAUAAGCAGCUUUAGUUAUCAGGCCUACAAACCUACAAUUAAUAAAUGGCACAACUUAAGAUGUAGUGCAACUCAUUACAGGCCAUUUGUGUACAAAGAAUGUGUAUACCAUGAGAAGUGUGUUUUCCUGUGUUACAGUGGGAGAAAAAAGUAUUUAGUCAGCCACCAAUUGUGCAAGUUCUCCCACUUAAAAAGAUGAGAGAGGCCUGUAAUUUUCAUCAUAGGUACACGUCAACUAUGACAGACAAAAUGAGAAUUUUUUUUCCAGAAAAUCACAUUGUAGGAUUUUUAAUGAAUUUAUUUGCAAAUUAUGGUGGAAAAUAAGUAUUUGGUCAAUAACAAAAGUUUCUCAAUACUUUGUUAUAUACCCUUUGUUGGCAAUGACACAGGUCAAACGUUUUCAGGUCAAACGUUUUCUGUAAGUCUUCACAAGGUUUUCACACACUGUUGCUGGUAUUUUGGCCCAUUCCUCCAUGCAGAUCUCCUCUAGAGCAGAUGUUUUGGGGCUGUCGCUGGGCAACACACUUUCAACUCCCUCCAAAGAUUUUCUAUGGGGUUGAGAUCUGGAGACUGGCUAGGCCACUCCAGGACCUUGAAAUGCUUCUUAUGAAGCCACUCCUUCGUUGCCCGGGCGGUGUGUUUGGGAUCAUUGUCAUGCUGAAAGACCCAGCCACAUUUCAUCUUCAAUGCCCUUGCUGAUGGAAGGAGGUUUUCACUCAAAAUCUCACGAUACAUGGCCCCAUUCAUUCUUUCCUUUACACGGAUCAGUCGUCCUGGUCCCUUUGCAGAAAAACAGCCCCAAAGCAUGAUGUUUCCACCCCCAUGCUUCACAGUAGGUAUGGUGUUCUUUGGAUGCAAGUCAGCAUUCUUUGUCCUCCAAACACGACGAGUUGAGUUUUUACCACAAAGUUCUAUUUUGGUUUCAUCUGACCAUAUGACAUUCUCCCAAUCCUCUUCUGGAUCAUCCAAAUGCACUCUAGCAAACUUCAGACGGGCCUGGACAUGUACUGGCUUAAGCAGGGGGACACGUCUGGCACUGCAGGAUUUGAGUCCCUGGCGGCGUAGUGUGUUACUGAUGGUAGGCUUUGUUACUUUGGUCCCAGCUCUCUGCAGGUCAUUCACUAGGUCCCCCCGUGUGGUUCUGGGAUUUUUGCUCACCGUUCUUGUGAUCAUUUUGACCCCACAGGGUGAGAUCUUGCGUGGAGCCCCAGAUCGAGGGAGAUUAUCAGUGGUCUUGUAUGUCUUCCAUUUCCUAAUAAUUGCUCCCACAGUUGAUUUCUUCAAACCAAGCUGCUUACCUAUUGCAGAUUCAGUCUUCCCAGCCUGGUGCAGGUCUACAAUUUUGUUUCUGGUGUCCUUUGACAGCUCUUUGGUCUUGGCCAUAGUGGAGUUUGGAGUGUGACUGUUUGAGGUUGUGGACAGGUGUCUUUUAUACUGAUAACAAGUUCAAACAGGUGCCAUUAAUACAGGUAACGAGUGGAGGACAGAGGAGCCUCUUAAAGAAGAAGUUACAGGUCUGUGAGAGACAGAAAUCUUGCUUGUUUGUAGGUGACCAAAUACUUAUUUUCCACCAUAAUUUGCAAAUAAAUUCAUUAAAAAUCCUACAAUGUGAUUUUCUGGAGAAAAAAAAUCUCCAUUUGUCUGUCAUAGUUGACAUGUACCUAUGAUGAAAAUUACAGGCCUCUCUCAUAUUUUUAAGUGGGAGAACUUGCACAAUUGGUGGCUGACUAAAUACUUUUUUUCCCCACUGUAUACCAUGUAUGAUGAAUAUAAAUGGAAUAUACUUUUAUCAUUUUCUGAGGCAUAUAAAUGCAUGACUGGUGAGAGUUUCUAAAGUACUAUACUGAACAAAAAUAUAAACGCAACAUGCAACAAUUUCAGAUUUUGAGAUUGACACUCUGGUGAAGCAUAUCUUCCCUGACCCCAACUAAACCAUCUAGGAGGCGAUCUCUAUAAUUGUCCCACUGCAACAGGUUGCUGAACAUCCCAUUAAAUCGAUUUAGUGCAAGUUUGUGUUCUCAAUGGAGGUUCUGGGUCAAAGGUCAAUGCACAGCUCAUCUAUUUGGAGCGAUACAUGCCCAUUGGACAGCAAGGCCUCUGUACUGAUGACAUUAUACCAAGACCCCUGAGUGAAGGAGGAAAUCAUAUUAAAUGGCUCAGUGAGAGAGAAUAGAGAGGGAGAUGGGAGGAGAGCGAGAGAGAUGGAGAGAUAAUUGAUUAAUAGAAAGGGAAGAUUGGUGAGGGAAGCUGAGAGAAAGAGAGAGGUGAAAAUAAAGGAAAUUAUCACCAAGAGGAUUUGGUGAUAUGUACAGUAUAUACAUAUAUACCUUCUUCUGGGCUAUUACCAGUGAAUAUUUAUGAUUUAUAGUAUAUGUGUGUUGGGGGAGAUGAUGCCAUCUUGGAAAGGUAGUUGUAAAUUAACAUGAGCUAACCUCAGUCUAUGCAGGUAUCCUAGCGGUUAAGAGCGUUGGGCCAGUAACUGAAAGGUUCAGCUUUCAAUCACCCACGUGGGUAUACUGUAUACUCCUAAAAACCAUUGAGGAGAUGGGAGAGGCAGGACUUUCUAUGCAGACGCUUGUUGACACGCGCGAGCAGUUUGGAUGAAAUGAUUGAAUAACAUGUAUGUGUAAAAACAAAUGUUUUUGUGUAAAAACAAAUGUUUUUGUGGUCAGCAUGUUAGUCACUUUCUGCAACCUACCCCCCCUCUGUCUCUCUCUCACUCUGUUUCUCUCUCUCUCUGUGUCUCUCUCAGGUGAGGGCCAGUGCCAUAGCCCAGGAUGCUGAUCUGAACUAUGACUAUGCCUCUAACAGUGUCAUCCUGCACCUGGACGUGGGGGACGAGGUGUGCGUGCAGCUCGACGGGGGCAAAGUUCAUGGAGGAAACACCAACAAAUACAGCACCUUCUCUGGCUUCCUCAUCUACCCCGACUGAAGGCAGCCACAUGUUACACACACAAACACACACACAACCACAUACAAACAAUCUCCCAGGCAAACAAAUACAGCAACUUUUUCAGGAUCCUCAUCCAACCUGAUUCUCACAACCACUCUCUUUCUUCUUUCUCUACGCUCUCUUUUUUUCCCUCUUUCUCUCUCCCUCUCUCUCUCAUACUCCAUUGCUAAAACACACAGUAUUUAGAGAAACAGAUGCAAUGGGAAAAGGAAAUAUAAUAAUGGCUCUGUGUUUUUAAUGUCUAGAUAAUGGCCAAACCAUAACAUUCCAAACCAAGUGCUGUUACAAGGCAUCUAAUCUGCAAGUGUGUAUAUAGAAAUGUUAAUUUAAUACACACACCCACACACCCAUUUGUUUGUCAUGUGUUUUGUCAUUCUCAUGAUAUCAAUGAAUCAUAGAUAUGUAAAUGAAACUAACAUGUAAGUAUGGGGUGACAAACAAGAAUUAUGUCAAGACAAAAACUUGUUUAAAGAUCAUCUUGAUAUUGUGUAUAUUCUUAAAGUUACAUAUAUAUUCACUUCUGAUGCACACACAUCUGUGUGUAUGAUCAUGUAUGUGGAAGCAUACUUACAUGACUCACAUGCAGCUCUUACACACACACACACACAUGCAAACACACACACAGUGAUUAAUUGAACUUCCCCUAUCUAGUGUUGCAUUGACACGAGCUGACCAUUUCGGCCACCAGUGUGGAAUUGAGUAAAAUGGUUUCAGAAUGCAGACUGCAAUGGAUGACUGCGAGGUUGGUUGUGGGGCUUCCCGCCUCCCUUCUUCGCUCCAAGAUGGAUUUCCAAUGCGGCUGAAGACACCAAAUGAGAAAAGUCAUGAAUAUAUUGAUCGGAGUUGAUAAUACACCCAACACCACGAACAUCAUCCAGUGUGGUGUGUGUGUGUAAGAUAAGUUUAAUGUUGUUAGUUUUACCCACAUGGCUCCUGCCUACAGCUAAUGGGGUGGGGAGGGGUGAUGGUUGUCCCCUAACAAACAGGAUAUCAAUGAUGAGGCUUAUGGUAGACAGAGACAGUAUUUUCCCAGACCUUAUGGCGGAUGACAGAGCAUCAUCAUGUUCCACUAAAGAGCCCAGAUAUCCUGUGUUUAAACCCUCAACUGUUGGCGGGACUCCAUUACUAUUCCUAUAUUCACUUUACAUUCAAUUGAUAACAGAGCAAUUUAAAAUGGGUGUCAAACCCAGGCAUAAUCAGAGAUGGAGCUUUAUAUCAUGGCAUGCUGGUUAUUUGUAUAAUGAUGAGUCUUAUUUUCUUCUAAGGUAAGCAGCCUGUUUGUUUACAGUGUGGAUACGGACAUUGAGGAUUCAUCUUGUACUCUGUACAGAAUUAGUUUCACAUUUUCAAAUGUAUGCUGCUACCGUAGAACUAGAUACAGACUGUCUUCAAUGGAAAUGUACAUCAUUGUGUGUAAUUGAAUGUACCAUACAUUAUUAAUUAUGUAAAUGCAAUUCAAAUAUGCAGGUUCAGGUUGAUUCUGUCUGUCAAAGAUGUUAUGCAAACACUUGACACGGUGGCAAUGAGACUAUAUUGUGUCACUUGUGUUAUCGAUCAAGAAUGGAUUUCAUGGCAAUUUUAGUGUGGGGGGCAUUAUUACGUUGUCAGACCAUUUAAAAAAACACAACUAUCUUUACAUCAAUGUGAAUGCCCUGCCUAGACAAUACCAUGAAAAGCAGGUCCUUCUCCUGUAGUUUAUAGCAUCAUACAUGUACCUAAUGUAAGUAGUUGUACAUGUUACAGGACUUCAGAGGAGGGCUCUAUUGUAACAAGUUGUUGUAUUAGGAAAACCACAGAAUAAAUGUAGCUGCAGCAGGGAUUAUACUGCUACUCCAUGUGUGUGCAUUAGUGUUGCAGCAUAUGGCUGGUGUGUGUGUGUCAAGUCUCAGGUCCAACUACAGGACAGAGCUUUGGGCUUGAUCUAGAGACAGAACACCGGUUAUUAUCAAACUGCAUCAGUCAGAUGAAAACAGUAUUCCUGUACUAUAUCUUAACUGACAGUAUUACAACAACCACCUAUCAUCGUAUAUAAACCAACACAAUGUACGGAUUUGUUUGUGUGUACAUGACCUCUCUCUUUGUCAUGCUGCAUUCUACUGUGUUCCCUGGAACUAAAUAAUGUUAAAUAACUUACUGUUGAAAAGGAAACCUGGUCUUUGUUUAUGAACAGUAUGAAUUGAUUGUUGUCACUGUACCUUGCAAGCUGAGCUGUGUGUGUAUAUCUUAUGUAUAAUAUUAUCAACAACAAUUUAAUCUGUCCUAAGACAAUAAUAUAUAAGACCUACAAUAAAACAAUGUGAAGAUGAUUCUGAGUCACUGUCUGACUUACACUAAUGCUGUCAUUAUUUACAAUCCCAAAAAACUUGAUCAAUUUAUUACUGCAGUAAUGUAUUCUCUUUUGUUGAUAUGUGGUGGGUUGAGAAAACAAAUUAAUGUUACAGACUUAAGGACUAAUACUGGAUUUAUGUAUGUACAUCAGGAGCUCACGGGAACUGAAUACCGGCUUCUAAAUGUUUCAGUACCGACACCCAAAAUGAGCACUGGCAGCUAUUUCAUUCCAAGUCAAGCAUUGAUGUUAAUUACAUUCAGUCUUCAAUUUUUUUUGUAGAGCUGCUGACUAACAAAGUGUAAACUGUCUAAAAAUAAGUAAAGAAAGUCGCUCACUCUAUAUAUACUCCCAACAAUUUAAUGGAUAAACCUAUUAGGUUUACCCAUUAAAUUGUUGGGCGCACACAGUGCCUUCAGAAAGGAUUCACACCAUUUUACUUUUUCCAUAUUUUGUUGUGUUACAGCCCGAAUAUUAAAUGGAUUAAAUUGAGAUGUUUUGUCACUGGCCUACACACAAUACUCCAUAAUAUCAAAGUGGAAUUAUGUUUUUCAAAAAAAACAUCUAAUUCAUUCAAAAUGAAAAGCUGAAAUGUCUUCAGUCAAUAAGUAUUCAACCCAUUUGUUAUGGCAAGCCUAAAUAAGUUAAUGAGUAAAAAAUUGCUUAACAAGUCACAUAAUAAGUUGCAUAGACUCACUCUGUGUGCAAUAAUAGUGUUUAACAUGAUUGUUGAAUGACUACCUCAUCUCUGUACCCCACACAUACAAUUAUCUGUAAGGUCCCUCAGUCGAGCAGUGCAUUUCAAACACAGAUUCAACCACAAAGACCAGGGAGGUUUUCCAAUGUCUCGCAAAGAAGGGCACUUAUUGGUAGAUGGGUAAAACAAUUGAAAAUAGUUUUAUUCUGUACAGGCUUCCUUCUUUUCACUCUGUCAAUUAGGUUAGUAUUGUGGAGUAACCACAAUGUUGUUGAUCUAUCCUCAGUUUUCUCCUAUCACAGCCAUUGAACUCUGUAACGGUUUUGCUUCAUGGUGAAAUCCCUGAGCGAUUUCCUUCCUCUCUGGCAACUGACUUAGGAAGGACGCCUGUAUCUUUAUAUUGAUACACCAUCCAAAGUGUAAUUAAUAACUUCACCAUGCUCAAAGGGAUAUUCAAUGUCUGCUUUUCUUUUUUUUUUUUACCCAUCUACCAAUAGGUGCCCUUCUUUGUGAGGCAUUGGAAAACAUGCAUCCUGUUUGCAACAAGGCAAUAAAGUAAUAAUGCAGAAAAUGUGGCAAAGCAAUUAACUUUUUGUCCUGAAUACAAAGUAUUAUGUUUGGGGAAACUCCAAAACACAUUACUGAGUACCACAUUCCAUAUUUUAAAGCAUAGUGGUGUCUGCAUCAUGUUAUGGGUAUGCUUGUAAUCAUUAAGGACUGGGGAGUUUUUCCAGGAUAAAACAAUUAAUGGAAUGGAGCACAGGCAAAAUCCUACAGGAAAACCUGGUUCAGUCUGCUUUCCACAAGACACUGGAAGAUGAAUUCACCUUUCAGCAGGACAAUAACCUAAAACACAAGGCCAAAUGUACUCUGGAGUUGCUUACCAAGAAGACAGUGAAUGUUCCUGAGUGGCUGAGUUACAGUUUUGACUUAAAUCUACUUGAAAAUAUAUGGCAAGACCUGAAAAUGGUUGUCUAGCAAUGAUCAACAACCAAACUGACAGAGGUUGAAGAAUUUCUAAAAGAAUAAUGGGCAAAUGUUGCACAAUCCAGGUGUGGAAAGCUCUUAGAGAGUUAACCAGAAAGACUCACAGCUGUAAUCGCUGCCAAAGGUGAUUCUACAAAGUAUUGACUCAGGGGUGUGAAUACUUAUGUAAAUUAGAUAUUUCUGUAUUUCAUUUUCCAUACAUUUGCAAACAUUUCUAAAAACAUGUUUUCACUUUGUCAUUAUGGGGUGUUCUGUAUAGAACAGUGAGAGAAAAAAAUAUAUUUAAUCCAUUUUUAAUUCAGGCUGUAACACAACAAAAUGUGGAAUAGGUCAAGGGGUAUGAAUACUUUCUGAGUUUGCAACUUUCUUAAUUUUUUUUAUCUCACUAUUACCACAGUUAGCUAGGUGAUAGAGAAAUCCCUUCCUCAUAUAAAAUGGCAGCAUCCCAUCUCUUAACCCAUGAAACCACAAGCAAUACUCUAGAAUUACAGAAUAGACCCGUGUCCUGCUCCCACCCUCAGUGAACCAGUCUGUGGUCUCAUCUCGUCAGAGUGAAAACAAGCAGACAGAUAUUUAAUUAAAGGUGAGAGGUAAUAGUAUUCUGGAUGCUGAAUUUGUUGCCUACGGGAGACUGGAGGGAUAGUGGUGGUGUAAGGGGGGGGGGGAUACCUCGGCAGUCUCCCCUCCUCCUCACACUCUAUCCUGGCAGAUUCCAGUGUAAAGUUAAUUGGACAGGGAGCGAGGGCAUAGGAGGGAAGCAUUCGGGCCCAUUAGCAAUCCCCCUGUGGAAGGCUGAGCCGAGAGGAUCACAGACUCACAAAUAGGAGGAUUAAAAUAAUCAAUAGGCUUCACUCUCUCCUCUCCAGCACCAAACACACACACACACACACACACACACACACACACACACACACACACACACACACACACACACACACACACACACACACACACACACACACCACAGACACACACACACACACACACACCACACAGACACCAGCAACACAGACAGAAAUACAUACAUUCUGCCUGGUCACAUGCACACCCCCAUACACUCAAGACAGACAGGCACAUGUAGACUUUCAAUUACUCACACAUUGCCACACAUAAACACUGUCUUGUAUGAACCCAUACACACAACAGUAAUGAAAUCCACACACACACCCACGCAGGCACGCACACACUCACGCACAAACAUAUACAUCUAUCCUAGUGCUAAUGAGGGGUAUGCGGAGACUGGCGGAAAUGGAGAAUAGGAGCUGCGUUUCUGUCUUUGGAACACUGUGAAAUGGGUGUUUCUGCAAUAUAUUAUUAAAGGAAUACUUUGGGAUUUUGGCAAUGAGGCCCUUUAUCUACUUCCCAAGAGUCAGAUGAACUUGUGGAUACCAUUUCUGCGUGAAGUUUGAAGGAAGUUGCUAACUAGCGCUAGCGCAAUUGCUAACUAGUGUUAGCGCAAUGACUGGAAGUCUAUGCUACCAGAUACCCAUAGCCUUCCAGUCAUUGCACUAAUGCUAGUUAGCAUUGGCUCGCAAAACUAACUCUAACUUCCUUCAUACUGACACACAGAUAUAAAAAUGGUAUCCACAAGUUAAUCUAACUCUGGGGAAGUAAAUAAAGGGCCUCAUUGCCAAAAUCCCGGAGUAUCCCUUUAAUCUUUAAUCCUUUGCUUAUUUGUGGAUAUUUUUUUUUAAACCAUUUUAGAAAAAGUAAGCCUACAUUACAUUCACAAUGUGCGCUGUCUGGAAGCUGUAUUUAAAACAAUGCACAGACAUUACUGUGCAGUGUUUUAUCAUUAUACAAUGACGCCACCUGUUGUACACGUACUGCAACUACAGUGGCAGGAAUGGGCCCACCGGCUGCAGUAUCGUCUUUCAACCACCAGGCCGCUGUCAUUCUGCAGACAAAGAUGGCGGUGCGGAAGAAAGACGGCGGCCCGAACGUAAAAUAUUUCGAAGCGUCUGAUACCGUCUCGCAGUUCGACAAUGUCCGCGUUUGGUUGGGCAAGAAUUAUAAAAAGGUACUGCUUGUUUUUUUGCUAAAGUAAUAAAUACACGCAUUCAUAUUAUCAAACAUGAAAGAGGGCAAUCUUAACAGCAGAAGGAGUGAGCAAAGAGAAAGGAGAGGGAGGGUGUGAGAUGAGAUGGGUUGCAGGAUAGUCCAGCUGUUUAAUCCACAUAUUCACAAGACGGAAACAAAAGGAUGCUGAGAAAACGUCUUGGGAAAUGCCGCGUUGCAAAUGAUGAACAUUUGAUAUGUUCUAAGUGCAUGUUUCUACCCUCUUUCAGUAGAGGGAAAUGAAUGGCCUGUGUUGCAGGUUUUUGUUCAAGGGGAGGAAACCCAUCUAGCUAUCUAACGGUAAUUUCAUUGAUUGCAGAUGUCUAUACUCCGGCCACAGCACCGCCAGCGCAAGUGCACAAAUCCAGAUGUUGAACUGUCUUUUUACCGGCGCUUUCGGUGUUAUCUUUCACCCCAUUGCACACCAUGUUCUUUUAGGGCAAUAUGUGCGCCUUGAGUUUUAAUGAUCCGCCCCCUUUUACCCCCUCCCAGAUGGUGUGCAGAAUUUUCUCAUUAUAGUGUUGCCAAAAAGCCCUGUCUAUUGUCUCAGAGCAUGUGCUUAGCCCCACCAUUCUCAACCUGGCCCAGACAGAAAGAAUGCAAAGAUUCACGUAAAGAAACCUGUAGUUUCUUUGACCACAUUAAUUAUGUUUUUGUUAAUUGUAGUGUUCAAACUAUCAAAGUUCUAUGGUGGAUAUAGAAAAAUAUCCUAUUCUCUCUCUCUUUAUCGCUCUCUGUCUCGCUGUCGCACAAGCACACACAAACUAACUUAGUUACAAUGUCUAUUUAUCCGGAUAUUUCCAUGUAAAUCCUCUCUCUCUCUCUCGUCCCUCAGUACAUCCAGGCGGAGCCCCCCACCAACAAGUCUCUGUCUAGCCUGGUGGUCCAGCUACUGCAGUUUCAGGAGGAGGUGUUCGGACGACAUGUCAGCAACCCACCUCUCACCAGGCUGCCGGUAGAAACACACACACACACACACACACACACACACACACACACACACACACACACACACACACACACACACACACAUAAACACACACACACACACAAUUUGGUAUUGUGCUUCCCCUAUUACACUAUUCUAAUACUGUACCUAACCCUCUGUCUUUCUGUUCAGAUGAAGAGUUUCCUGGACUUUAAGUCUGGUGGGGCUCUCUGCCACAUUCUGGCUGCAGCCUACAAGUUCAAGAGCGAUCAGGGCUGGUAAGAGUUUCAUUAAAGCCAUCCAAUUUUGUUUGGCUCACUACACUUACAUUCCCCUCAAAUGAAUUCAACCCAGUUGUAUGGUUGAAAUGUUCUGUUUAAGAUUAAACAAAAUAGAUUGAACCUUGAGAUGUUUUUCAUUUUGACAAUGAUGUAUUUUUAUAGAAGUAUUUGCAGAGGUUCUGUGAGAUUUUUUACUCCUGUCUGUCUUCAUGGCAGGCGCAGGUUUGACUUUCAGAAUCCUUCUCGGAUGGACCGCAAUGUGGAGAUGUUCAUGACUAUCGAGAAAUCCCUGGUACAGGUCAGUCUUCCGUGUUCUUCUUUGGAAAACUAUUUUAUUUAUUUAUUGAUCUGUGUCCCUCUCUUUCUUAUUCACCCUCUCUCUCUUUCUUGCCAUUUGUCCAUUAGAACAACUGUCUGAGUCGACCAGUGAUCUACCUGAGCUCUGACAUUGAGGCCAAGCUGCUGGGGAAACUGAAGGACAUCAUCAAGAGGCACCAAGUAGGCUUGUCUUCACUGACCUAAUGAUGAAACUGUAUAUGGAGUACACAUACAGUGCAAUACAAUACAACACAAUAUAAAAACACAGUUAAGCAGAGUUUGUUUGCUGCCUGCAGGGCUCAGUGACUGAAGACAAUACAUGCAGCUCCCAUGUGGUGGUUCCCAUCCCUGCCAGUCUGGAGGAGGGUGAGUCAGUCUAACAUUAUGGAUCAAACGUUACCUAAUGUGGCAGGUAGCCUAGAGGUUAAGAGCGUUGGGCCAGUAACCUAAUCCCAGCGCUGACUAGGUGAAAAAUGUGUCUGUGCCCUUGAGCAAGGCACUUAACCGUAGUUGCUCUGUAUAAGAGCAUCUGCUAAAUGACAAAAAUGUGGCUUGAAUUUAUGCCUGGAAAGUGAAUUGGUCUAGUAGCUAACAAUGGACUGAUAGAUACAGUGGGGAAAAAAAGUAUUUGGUCAGCCACCAAUUGUGCAAGUUCUCCCACUUAAAAAGAUGAGAGAGGCCUGUAAUUUUCAUCAUAGGUACACGUCAACUAUGACAGACAAAAUGAGGAAAAAAAAUCCAGAAAAUCACAUUGUAGGAUUUUUUAUGAAUUUAUUUGCAAAUUAUGGUGGAAAAUAAGUAUUUGGUCAAUAACAAAAGUUUCUCAAUACUUUGUUAUAUACCCUUUGUUGGCAAUGACACAGGUCAAACGUUUUCUGUAAGUCUUCACAAGGUUUUCACACACUGUUGCUGGUAUUUUGGCACAUUCCUCCAUGCAGAUCUCCUCUAGAGCAGUGAUGUUUUGGGGCUGUCGCUGGGCAACACAGAUUUUCAACUCCCUCCAAAGAUUUUCUAUGGGGUUGAGAUCUGGAGACUGGCUAGGCCACUCCAGGACCUUGAAAUGCUUCUUACGAAGCCACUCCUUCGUUGCCCGGGCGGUGUGUUUGGGAUCAUUGUCAUGCUGAAAGACCCAGCCACGUUUCAUCUUCAAUGCCCUUGCUGAUGGAAGGAGGUUUUCACUCAAAAUCUCACGAUACAUGGCCCCAUUCAUUCUUUCCUUUACACGGAUCAGUCGUCCUGGUCCCUUUGCAGAAAAACAGCCCCAAAGCAUGAUGUUUCCACCCCCAUGCUUCACAGUAGGUAUGGUGUUCUUUGGAUGCAACUCAGCAUUCUUUGUCCUCCAAAGACGACGAGUUGAGUUUUUACCAAAAAGUUAUAUUUUGGUUUCAUCUGACCAUAUGACAUUCUCCCAAUCCUCUUCUGGAUCAUCCAAAUGCACUCUAGCAAACUUCAGACGGGCCUGGACAUGUACUGGCUUAAGCAGGGGGACACGUCUGGCACUGCAGGAUUUGAGUCCCUGGCGGCGUAGUGUGUUACUGAUGGUAGGCUUUGUUACUUUGGUCCAGCUCUGCAGGUCAUUCACUAGGUCCCCCCGUGUGGUGAUCAUUUUGACCCCACAGGGUGAGAUCUUGCGUGGAGCCCCAGAUCGAGGGAGAUUAUCAGUGGUCUUGUAUGUCUUCCAUUUCCUAAUAAUUGCUCCCACAGUUGAUUUCUUCAAACCAAGCUGCUUACCUAUUGCAGAUUCAGUCUUCCCAGCCUGGUGCAGGUCUACAAUUUUGUUUCUGGUGUCCUUUGACAGCUCUUUGGUCUUGGCCAUAGUGGAGUUUGGAGUGUGACUGUUUGAGGUUGUGGACAGGUGUCUUUUAUACUGAUAACAAGUUCAAACAGGUGCCAUUAAUACAGGUAAUGAGUGGAGGACAGAGGAGCCUCUUAAAGAAGAAGUUACAGGUCUGUGAGAGCCAGAAAUCUUGCUUGUUUGUAGGUGACCAAAUACUUAUUUUCCACCAUAAUUUGCAAAUAAAUUCAUUAAAAAUCCUACAAUGUGAUUUUCUGGAUUUUUUUCCUCAAUUUGUCUGUCAUAGUUGACGUGUACCUAUGAUGAAAAUUACAGGCCUCUCUCAUCUUUUUAAGUGGGAGAACUUGCACAAUUGGUGGCUGACUAAAUACUUUUUUUCCCCACUGUAUAUUAUAUUCCAGAUCCAUUGUGUUCUAUUUAAUUCUGUGGAUCUGACCCCCCCCCCCCCCCCCCCCCCCCCCCUCUCUCGCUCUCUCUCUCACCAACCCCCUGGUUGGUUCAGAGGAGUGGGUGCGUCCGGUGAUGAAGAGAGACAAGCAGGUGCUGCUCCACUGGGGAUACUCUCCUGACAGGUAGGUACUGUCCAUACUGGGGCCUCAGCCUGACACAGUCAACACAACCUUAGCCUUUAGCAGCACAGCAUGCUCUUAACACCGGCGACACUGACACUAUCGAGUAAAGUCACACAGUGAAUGUACACUAACAUUCUCUCUAACCCAUACCCACAUCUCCUUUACCUAUUCUUACACCAUGACAAACACAAACAGUUCCACACUGUUUUCUCAGCCUGUGUUAUAGCACCAUGUUGUGACAUGUAGUGCACUAGACUGACACUAGUCUCUGACCUCCAUCUGACCUCUGUCCCCUGUUGCUCAGCUAUGACACCUGGAUCUCAGCCAGUGAGGUGGAGGCUGCUGUGGAAGAUCCGCCCAGCCCAGAGAAACCCAGGAAGGUCAGCACACUUUCUUCCUCUCUUUCUGUGUGUGUCAGGGCUGUGCCCCAAAUCGUUCUUGCCUACUAAUUACAAAAAUGCUAUACUAUGUACUAACCAUACUACGUAGCCUACUAUUUAGAACAUACUGAUAGUACCCACCAUUCAUUCAUUUUGGACAGCUCGUCACGUCCCCUUGUCAAACACGUGGGUCUGAAAAUACUAUUCUCUUCCUCAAUAGCAUGCAGCGAAUUGGUGUUAGAUGAAGAGCAGAAAUUAGUAUGACAUCCUUACAUUUAAAGCAUACAACAUUUUUGAAAUCUCACAUACCAUAAAACUUUAUAUUUUCGCAUAUAUACAGUAAUCAGCGUACUAUUAAUUAUGCAAGUACCGGUAUUCAGACACAGCUCUCUCGCUCUCUCUCAUAUAUACAUGUAAGAAAUGAUUAACAUAUUAACAUGUUUAUGAACAGAGUGUGAAUUACACUGUGACAUUCGGGGCGUCUCUAUUGGGGGGUGUCUAUGACUUAUGGGCCUAAUAAUAAAGACGUCAUUUAAUGGUAAAAAUGAAUUACCUUUCAAUGUGGCAUGAGCACAAACAGUCAUGGUGCUUUCAUCUGAUUGUCAAACAAAUCACUUCAAAAAGUAGGCUACCUGUGCAUGUUCAACCACUCCAAAACAAUCCAAACAGUCCAUUUGAUGAAUGGAAAUAGAGAUCUGUUUACAAAACACAAAAAAAUGUGCCUAAUGACCUUUUUUGUAGCCUGAAAGGUUGGGACACCUGAAAUGGGGCUGAAACUGUUCUGGGGAAAACGGUAUGGUCACCCUAAUACACACGGUGAAUUUACUACUCUAGGCUACAAAUUGUAGGCCUAUUACCAUGAACUUCAGAUAGGCCUACCGGUAGUGGUAUAAAAAAAAAAGGGUAAACUCUGAUUGCCGGUCUUGAUGAAAAAAGUAACGUUCCCUAAACAUUCCAUGCAUUUGUCUGAAAAAGGUGGGUAAACUGCAUUUAGCUGUGUUUACCCUCCAAUAGGCCUAUACCACUGCCAGCAUACCCUCUCAGCCGAGGCAAUUUUACACACAUGAACAGACGCAGAACAGGUAGUUCAAUUCAAUAUAAUACAUGAGUUGAAUCAAAACAUUUUUAUACCGUAGUCCACAAUUCAUGAAUUGAGUGCUUGGAGUUUUCACAGAUCGUGUGGCAUAAAACACAACCUUUCUUUCUUUACAUGAAUGACAUUUAUGACAGUGUUAUUUCUAAUUACUAAGCAUUUAACAAUUAAAUUAGAACAUUGAAUUUAAACUCUGUACGAUUCCUGGAUCUUGGAGAUCUCUAAAAACUCCCUGAAAGUGUAACUAUGCCUACGUAACAUUUCAUUAUGUUUUGCCGUGAAAACAGUUCUCAGAGGCACACAAAUCCAAAAUAAUGUAAGCCUAUGCCAUUGCAAAAUCAAUUGUUACUAACUGAAAGAGUCAACUACAGGCCAACUGUCAUUACUGUUGGAUAGUUUGGAUGCACAUUGGUGUCUAGCUGUAGGCUAGUUGUCUAGUGAUAUUAUCGACCAUCAUCAGCUGAUCCAGGAAAGGAAACAAAUAUUGAUAGAAAAUAAUAAAGCUAAAUAAAUGGUCUACUUCUGGCCAUGGACGGCACAGAAAACACCAAUACCCGCACACACCUGAAAAGCAAAGCAAUGAGCGCUCUAAACAGCUGACUGACAAAAGCAAACAGUGAUAAAUCAACGGAUAAAUCUAAUGGAUUGUAAUAAAGGCUAUUUUUAUGAAGGGAGCAUGGCAAAUAAAUGGCAAAAAUGAGCAAGUACAAUGGAAAAUCUAUGCGUUUUAAAGGAGCUCAUCUGAGGCCAAAUUCAGCACUACUGACUGGACAGCACAGUGGACAGAGAGACGGUUUGUGCAACCACAUAUAAAUAAAUGCUUUAAACCAUGAUAGAGAGGUGGGAGUUUUCGUUUCCUUUGGACGCUUUUAUUUUCAUAUUUACCACUGUAAAACAUAUUUACCAAUGCAUUUGAAACAAAUAGGAGAAUAUUAAAUUAGCAUUAGUUAGAGACCCCCUAAAGUUGGACUUUUGUUGCAUUUAGGGGACCUAAUGUCUCAUUCAGGGGAGCUGAGCCCCCUCCUGGCUCCCCCGUAAUUCGCACCCUGUUUAUGACAUCAUAUUAACAACUGUGUGUCUUCAGGUCCAUGCCAAGUGGAUCCUGGACCUGGACCAGUUUAAUGAGUGGAUGAAUGAGGAGGACUAUGAGGUGGGAGAGGGGGGCCCCAAGAGGAAGAGGAUCUCAGCCAAGACCCUGACGGACGAGGUGACCACCCCGGGGGACGAGCGCCGCGACAAGAAGCCCGGCAGCGCCAAGAAGAGGAAGCGCUCGCCCUCCCCCUCGCCCACUCCACCAUCCCAGGAAAGCAAGAAGAAGAACACCAAGAAAGGGUGUGUGUGUGUGUGUGUGUUACCCUACUACCCUUUGUUUACUACUGUAUAGACCAGCCCAGGAUAAUGCCCUUUGUAGAGGUGUUAUUGGGAGAUCUGUAGAUUGCUGACACACACUAUGACUAUGAAAUACUAGCCUUUAGAUGCUAUACAGUAUGACUGACUUCGUGUGUGUGUGUGUGUGUGUUUGUGUGUGUGUGUGUGUGUAGGCCCACCACUCCGUACACUAAGUCUAAGCGAGGCCAGAGAGAGGAGGAGCUUGAGGAUCUGACUAAAGAUCUGGAUGAACCAUCACCUGUACCUGCAGUAGAGGAGGUCACCCUACCUAAGACAGGUACACAACACACACACACACUCACAUGUACAGUACAUAUGACAUUUUGUUAGUGAACAUUCUAACGCACACAUACACUUUAUUAUCUAAGAUUUUGACUCAGCCCAUUGGCUUAUCCUCCUGAUAUUUACAGUGGUUGAAACAUUAGUACCAUCAUUGUGACUGAAGGUCAGGGGUUGAACUAAAGUGUUGUGUCACAGGAAAUGCAACUCCCCCCCCCCCCCACCCCCCUCUCUGUCUCUCUGUAGCCAACACUAAGAAAGACUCUGAGUCGACACCAGUGAAGGGAGGUACCAUGACAGACCUGGGUGAGUUCCCUGAACUAUUUAAUCAAUACAAUACUUGCUUUAUUGGUCCAUAUGCACAGAUAUGUUUUAUUUUUUGCUGUCACAGUACCCAACCUGAUGCACAACACACACAUCACAUCAUAACUUUACAUCUCAGUGUGUACACUGUCUGCAGGGUGAGGUCACUAUAUUUGAGCUUAGUCUAUCCUUUAUCUGUCCGCUGAUCUGUAUGUUCAUUCUCUCCUCUUUUAUCUUUUGAACAGAUGAGCAAGAGGAUGAAUCCAUGGAAACUGCAGAGAAGGAGGAGGAGGAGGGCUCUCCGAGUGUGAAAGGAGAGCCGGUGAAAGGGUCGGACCUCCAUGAGGACAACGUGACUGAGCAAACCCACCACAUCAUCAUUCCCAGCUACGCUGCCUGGUUCGACUACAACAGGUAGGCUACACAUCCCCCCACCCCCGGAUCAUCAGCCUAAUGGUCUUAAGUUUUAGAGUUAGUUUCGUGCAAUUCUACACAUUUUGCCAUGGGGCGUAGAGAAUAUUCUGCAAUUUUAUAACUAACUUCAUGCAAUUCUACUCAUUUUGACAUGGGGCGGAGAGGAAAAUGAGCUGUUUUACAGAAAAUGUUCUGCAAUUCUACACAUUUUGCCAUGGGGUGGAGAGAGAUGUUUGCAGUUUUUAACUGAUAUAUGAUAUCUGAGUAAGACUAACAAAAUCAAUGGGGGUCAACGGGCAGUAAUUUGACCAUGAUAACAAGUUUAGAUAGCUGGCCGCUAAACUAACUUAGCAAUCUAAAACAUUUUAGCUGACAUGGCUAAUUGACUGACUAUCAGUGACUGACAUAACAAGAAAAAAGCUGCUGAUGCGCAACCACAUUUUGAAAUUGAACCUUGUGUAUUCUACUAUUCUAACUCGCAACAGUAAGUUGAGAUCCGAGGGUGCGGGCUGUCAGUCCAUCCCUGUUCUAGAGAAAUGUUUUUAAAUGGUAUAGCUAGUCUACUGAAUGUUAACCUCUUUCUCUCUUUCCCAGUGUCCAUGCUAUCGAGCGCAGAGCCCUCCCAGAGUUUUUCAACGGCAAGAACAAAUCCAAAACCCCUGAGAUGUGAGUAAACACAUGCUAACAUAUUAUUAUUACACAUGCCUAGCUCAUACACAUGUACACUCUUCUGUGUUAUGUAUAAAACAACAGCUUUCACACAGCUUUCAAGUUUGGAGUGACUUAACUGCAUAUUUACUGACAAGAAUCUCUAUCUCUCCUCACAGUUACCUGGCCUACAGGAACUUCAUGAUUGACACGUACAGGCUUAACCCGCAGGAGUACCUCACCUCCACCGCUUGUCGUAGGAACCUAGCCGGAGACGUGUGUGCCAUCAUGAGGUGAGGAGAACUCGGUGCACACAUGACAUUUACAACAGUAACAGUACAGUUUACUCCGUUUUGUAAUUCUUAUAAGAAGAGUAUAAUACUAGCUUCGUGAAAGCAGAACGCUGCGCUCAGAUCAGGCUGGUUUAACACUGUAGUACAAGGGUGUCAAACUAAUGUUGCCCCGCGGGCCGCAUUCGGUCUUCAACGAGGUCCGGAGGGCCGCACUGAAAAUUGGUUAUAUUUCCUUGUCGUCAAAAUUUGCAAAAAAUAGUCCUCUUGCCUUUCGAUGCUGCCUGACUGUCUAGCUUUCAUUUCGGUGAUUAUUAGCGAGCUGGACACGGUCAAGAAACAGUGUAAUUUCUACACAGUUUCGAUUUGGUUUUAGACAUUUUAAAGUAUAUUGAGUUUGUCCCCCCCCAUUUUAAUUUUAAUGUUUUACUCAAACCACCCUCGGGCAGAUUGGACCCCCUCGCGGGGCAGGUGUUUGACACCCCUGCUGUAGUACACUGUGUACACACUGUCUUUGUUGUGUAUUCUUGUCUUUUCAUCUACAUGCAGUAAUAUUUACCUCCUCCGUUUAUCCCUCUGUCCUCCUCCUCUCCUCAGGGUGCAUGCGUUCCUGGAGCAGUGGGGUCUGAUCAACUACCAGGUGGACUCAGAGAGCCGUCCCACCCCCAUGGGCCCCCCGCCCACCUCCCACUUCCACGUCCUGGCUGACACCCCCUCCAGCCUGGUGCCCCUGCAACCCAAGGCCUCCCAGGUACACACACACACACACAGACGAACAUAUGCACACGCACGAACACAAAUUGUAUCUAUAUUUUGGUUCUAGAUGUCUCUCUAUUUGACUGUAGUUUCACUCCACUUAUCUUCUCUCUCUGUCCCCUCUAGACUCCGGCGGCACAGCAGAUUCUGUCUUUCCCAGACAAGGUGAAGGAGAAGCAGCCAGCCGACCUGCAGAACUUUGGCCUGAGGACAGACAUUUACAGCAAGAAGAAUGGGCCUCCUAAGGUAUGGCUCACAACACUGCAGGACUGAUGAGGAUCAUAAUGCACUGUAUAGCUAACUAUUAAAGAGUAAUGAUGUGUUACAGUGAUAUUACUUCUUCCUGUCUGCAGAGUAAAAGUGCUGCCAACGCCAUGCGAGACUGGACCGAACAGGAGACACUACUGCUGCUAGAGGUAACUAACAACUCAACUCUGUCUCAUCUAGUUUAUUACCAUUCAGCAGAAUGGUUCAACAAAAUGCCCUUUAAAUCCAAAUAAACUUGAACUUGAAAAAGUGUUGAGAGGAACAACAACAAAAACACACAAAGCACUUAUCUGAAAACAAAACCUAAGGCUUAAUAUAACAUUAUGAAUAUCAAUCAUAUCAUCCCUCCCCUUUCAGGGUCUGGAGAUGUACAAGGAUGACUGGAACAAGGUGUCGGAGCACGUGGGCUCACGUACCCAGGAUGAGUGUAUACUGCACUUCCUGCGUCUGCCCAUCGAGGACCCCUACCUGGAGGACACGUCCUCGUCCCUGGGCCCCCUGGCCUACCAGCCUGUCCCCUUCAGCCAGGCAGGCAAUCCCGUCAUGAGCACCGUGGCCUUCCUGGCCUCCGUGGUGGACCCCCGCGUGGCCUCUGCAGCCGCUAAGUCUGCCCUGGGUGAGAGGUCAACUCACUAACUAACCGUCGGUCGGAGCACACAGAGUAAAGACUGGCCUGAUUUGUGUCAGAUAAUUUUUUUGUUAACUGUUGUUUACCAGGAGGGGUCUUGAGGUUUGGAUUUUUUUUUGUCUCUCGAGAGACAUUUUAGAGAUGGAUUGUGUAUUGGGUGUAUCAUUCAACGGUUUAGAACCAGCCCCCUGCUUUUUUCUCCACCAUUCAUUACUUCUCUUUUCUUCUCUCUCUCUCUCUCAGAGGAGUUUUCCCGUAUGAAGGAGGAGGUCCCAGCAGCACUGGUGGAGGCCCAUGUGAGGAGAGUGGAGGAGGCGGCGCGGGCCAGUGGCAGACAGGACCCCCUCUACGGCCUGGAGGGCAGCGGCAUCGCAGGCACCAGCCUGGAGGAAGGAGACAAACCUGGUACAGCUUCGAUCUACUAUUAUCUAAAACUAUAGUUGUCUUUGGUCAUAUUUACACAUGUACUGUAUGUCAAUAGUUUAUCGAACUGAAUUGAAAAAUGAGUUGCAGGUGGGUAGACGUAAGACGCUAGGCUUGCUGACAUCUCAUUUCUCUUUUCUCUGCCUCCAGAAGAGAGCAGUGAGGAGUGUAAGAGUGACAGCCAAUCCAGUGAGGAGAAGAGGGAGACCAAGGUAUGGUGUCUGUUUGGACUUCUACUGUACCUGUGUUUGUGUUGUCUCAUCUUCUGGCAAACCAGUUACGGUCUGGGUCUGAAUUGUCUAUGUUGUGAUGAUUGAUGCUCAAGUAUCAGUAAGGAGCUGACCAUGUUGUCCUUAUCCCCAUGGUGAUAACAGGAGAACAAAGAUGGAGCCAUGGAAGAAGAGGAGAAGCAAGGAGAAAACGGGAAGAAGGAGGAGGAGAGAGGGAGAGAGGGAGAAGGAGAGAGAGAGCGAGAGGCUGGGAAGACAGAGACAGAGAUGGGUAAUGUUUAUGUCUGUGACUGAAUUUGAAUGUAUCUCUGUCUCUCUUGUAUUUUACAGACACUCAAUUAAGUGUGACUUCUAUGUUUCCCUCUCUGCAUUAGGUGACAGAGAGAAGGAGAAGGAAGGGAAGGAUGGCUUGGAGGAGGGCCAGAGAGAAGGAGAGAGCGAGGGAGAAAGGAAGGCUAAGGUGGAGCGGGACGUGGGAGAAGGGAACCUGGCUACCGCUGCUGCCUCCGCCUUGGCUGCUGCUGCCGUCAAAGCCAAGGUCUGACUUCUGACCCUUGUUUAGCAUGAUGCCCCUAACAUCAGAUCUAGCAUCAGGGGCUGUAUGUAUCAAGCUUCUCAGAGUAGGAGUGCUGAUCUAGGAUCAGUUUUUCCAUAGUUCAUACGAUUACAUUAGGAGGCACCUGAUCCCAAAAAAGAUUGGCAGAGGCUGUGGAUCCGUAGGUAACCGCCCCGACCUGCCCCCCUGGAUCCCUUUUCCCCAGAGCUGAAGAUCCGAAUCACGUUCUGUGCAUGUGUUUCUUUACCUCUACUUUACGCACACAUUGUUGUGUUCACCCUCACUGUCAAUCGUGAAUGAUAAUUCUUCAAGUUUUAACGGUGAGUCGUCCAUGCAGCAUCUGCAUACCGACCAUUUGAUCUCAAUCAGUUUCGUGGGGAUAUGCAUUUAGAUCUUCUUGAGUUAUACAGUGUUGUUUCAAGUAGCCUACAGUGUUCUGAAUUAUAUACAAUGAGCACAUUUUUUAGCAGAUAGUGUUAAACUGUAGCAUAGCUUACCUGUGUUUUAGUUUAAAUCAAAGCACAUAUUUUGCCUAAUGGCGCACACUGUUGAGGCCACAUGAUAGAAAAAUGUGACCAUUCGUACAAUCAUCCUAAAAUCUCAUAAGAAAUUAUGUGGUGUUUUUUGUCUUACAGUAACGUUAUACUAUGCUAUUAUAUUCAGUUCUGUUAUGUAGAAUACUCUCAUUAUGUGAUCUUGCAGACAUUGAUUCAGUUUUUAUCUAACUUUAUUAAACGAGCACCAUUUGCCAGAGUAGCCUGUUCUCUACCGCAAAUGCCAGAAGCUUCAGGACCUUUAGUGGGUCCAAAAAAGUUGGAUCCGCAGCCAGUCCGUAAAACAUAUCGGACCCUGUAUCAGUGGUUAGGGACAACUUCUACUAUCUCCGUCUCUCAUAUUGAUUAUCAACCAUAGAUUGUUCAGUAUAUGUCUGUGCUAUUUCACAUACUAAAGAUUAUCUUUCUCUACCCUCUCUCUCCCCCAUACUUCUUCUCUCUCUCUCUCUCUUCCUCUCCAUCCCCCUCUCCCUCCCUCCUUCUCUCUGUCUUUCUCUCUCCGUAGCACCUGGCUGCGGUGGAGGAGAGGAAGAUCAAGUCUCUGGUGGCUCUGCUGGUGGAGACUCAGAUGAAGAAGCUGGAGAUCAAACUGAGACACUUUGAAGAGCUGGAGACUAUCAUGGACCGAGAAAGGGAGGCUGUGAGUCAGGGAGUAGCGAAGGAUUAUGGGGGAUGUAGUUUAAGUGGACUUGAUGGUUUUGUUAGUUGGUUUUGCUUUGUUGGUUGGACUGCGCAUUUACAUGUUCUUACAAUGUGUGCGUAUGUGUGUAGUUGGAGUACCAGAGGCAGCAGUUGCUGGCAGACCGUCAGUCGUUCCACAUGGAGCAGUUGAAGUAUGCAGAGAUGAGGGCGCGUCAGCAGCACUUCCAACAGAUCCAGCACCAGCAGCAUAGCCAGACUGGAGGCCCACACCCUGCCCCGGCCCCCCCCACCCCAGGGCCCCUCAGCCACCCAGUCCCAGCCGACCCCCAGUAUCCCUGCACCACAGCCAGCUCCCAGCCCAGCACCCCCUGCCUCCUCCGUCCCCAUGUCUGGCCCCUCCUCUGCCCAGGCCCAGCCCACCGAGCCCCAGCCGCCCCCCAGUGGUCCUCACACCACACCUCCCCGCCCGCCAGGCCACUCCAGCACCACCACCACCCCAACACUCCACGGUGAGUCACACUUUGUAUUGACCAACUGUGAAUUUUCAGUAGUUACCUAAUACUGUAUAAAGUUAAUAAUGUGACCCAGUGGAAUUAACUUGAACUGUACUGUUGAAUGUUUCUGCACUAUGUUCAUGUGUGUGUUUUUGUUACACAUCUCAAAUUCUUCUCUUCUUUUCUUGAACCCAGAGCCCAGCGCCCCUCUACCUGGGGAUACACUCCACUCCUCAGCCCCUGUUCCCACUCCACAGUGA